UUUGUUUUUGUUACAAAAAAACAUUCGAUAUUUUUUUUUUGUAUUCAAUUCGACAUUUUAAACCCAAAAACGAACGAACAAAUUCAACUUCAAAUACAACUUUUUUUCUCAAAAAAGUUUAAAAAUUCCGAACAAAAAUGGGCAGUCAAGUAUCACGUUGUGAUUAUGAAUGGUCAUAUACAGAUGAACCACAUGCAACAAGAAGAAAAUUAAUAUUGAAAAAAUAUCCACAAAUAAAAAAAUUAAUGACUAUUGAUCAAAAAUUUAAAUGGAUUGUUAUCGGUAUUGUUUUCAUACAGAUCGCUACAUUAUAUAUUUUAAGUCAUUUUAAUUCAUUAUGGUUAUUAUUUUUAAUGGCAUAUUGUUUUACCGGUGUUUUAAAUCAUACAUUAACAUUGGCCAUACAUGAAAUAUCACAUAAUCAAGCUUUUGGUACAAAUCGACCAUUAUAUAAUAAAUUGUUUGGUAUAUUUGCUAAUCUACCGAUAGGUUUUCCAAUGAGUGUUACAUUUAAAAAAUAUCAUCUGGCACAUCAUCGUUAUCAAGGUGAUGAUAUUAUCGAUACGGACAUUCCAUCACGUUUUGAAGCAAAAAUUUUUACAACAACUGUUAGGAAAUUUAUAUGGGUUUUAUUACAACCAUUAUUCUAUGGUUUACGACCAUUGUUUGUUUAUCCAAAACCACCAAGUGUUUAUGAAUUUUUAAAUCUAAUCAUACAAUUAUCAUUCGAUAUUUUUAUUGCUCAAACACUUGGUUUACGUAUGGUUUUCUAUAUGAUUGGUUCAUCAUUAAUUGCAAUGGGUUUACAUCCAGUUGCUGGUCAUUUUAUUUCCGAACAUUAUAUUAUGUUUGAUUCGAACAAAAAAGAUCUGAUUGAAAAAGCUAAACAACUUAAACAAUUGAAAAAUAUUGAUGAAAUUAAUACUAUCGAUGAUAAUGAUUUAUCAAAAUGUGAUUUUAUAAAUGGUGUUUAUGCUCAUAAUGGUUUAAUGCUCAUACCAGAAACUUGUUCAUAUUAUGGACCAUUAAAUUGGAUUACAUUUAAUGUUGGUUAUCAUGUUGAACAUCAUGAUUUUCCAUCAAUACCCGGUACAUUAUUACCACAAGUAAGAAAAAUUGCACCAGAAUAUUAUGAUUCAUUACAUUCACAUAAUUCAUGGAUUAAUGUUAUUUAUCGUUAUAUUAUGGAUCCAAAUAUUGGUCCUUAUUCACGUGUAAAACGUCCACAUCAAUCAAAGCAUAAUGGUGUUAAAACUAAUGAAGAUUAAAAAAUUCAAACAGACGACGAUAAUGAUGAUUAUAAUGAAAUUUGAAGCAGCCAAAGAAAAUGAUGAUGAUGAUGACCAAAAUCAAUUUCUUACUAAAAAAAUUUAUAAAAAAAAAAUACGAAAAAAAAAACAAUCAGCUAUUUUUCUCAAUAUGUGUGAUCUUAUAAACAAACAAACAAAACAAAACAA